ACCUCUCUAUGCUCGGAACCUUGGGCUGUUGUUAGCGUCGGAGUUAUGUAGGAGAAGGACCGGAUUAGCCGAAGGCCUUCAGAAGCUAACCCAAUCUAAAACAACGACAUUUAACCUCUCAGUCUGGUCCAUACUCCGCAUGUUGUCUCACAAACAGAAGCGGGUGUGGAGGUACGUGGAGGAGGGCAGUCUGCUGAAGCUGAAGUCGUACCUGCGGAAGCACCGGGACCUGGAUGUGAACUUCCCCCAGGGAAAGAGGGAGAGGAGCCCGCUGCAGCUCGCCUGCUGCCGGGGAGACGACGCUGUGCUGCGGCUGCUGCUCAAACACGGAGCCGAUGUUCUCCAGAAGGACCGUAAAGGAGACACAGCGUUACACACGGCCGCCAACAAGGCUCUGAAACUUGGGAAAACAGCGUAUGAUGACCUGGUGGUGCCUCUCAUAAAGAGCUGCCCAGAUGCUAUGACUGCUCCCAACAGUGCUGGAGUCACACCUAAAGACCUGCUGACCUGGAUGAAACAUACAGAGCCUACAGAGAACAUGAGCCGUCCCUCUGAAGCCGACCCUGAGAAGGAGUGGGUGGAGAAGCUGUUCGGUGAAUGCGAGGAUGAAUUCUGUGAAACCUUCGGAGUAUAUGAUGCGGACGAUUUCCUUCCUCUUGACGACGACGAGGAAGACUUUGGGGACUGGGCUGAUCGUAUUAGAAAAGACUAUUUCAACAAAAAGCACGCUGAAGCUCAGAGACUGGCAGCAUCGUCUUCUGGAUGGAAAAGAAAGAAGAGCAAACAAGAGCGAGAGAAAGAAGAGCAAAGCAACAAAGAGCUGCAUGAGAGGCUGCAGAGGGAGCAUGAAGAGUAUCUGGCACGGGCAGCACGUAAAGAGGAAGAGGCUCGGCAGGGUAAGAAGCGCAGGUACGACGAAGGCUGCGCGGCUACUUUUAAUGCUGGCUCUUCGUCUGUCGGCACAAAGCUGAGCUACAGCGACAUCCCCUGGCCGGCUCCACGAGGCACAGUGCAGGAGAUGGUGGACGUGAUGCUGCACGGCGUGGACCGAAAGGACCUGCAGCUCUUCCGUAAGAUGCUCCGGAAGCAGCAGGCGCUGUGGCAUCCCGAUAAGUUUGCUCAGCGCUGUGAAGCUCGAUUAGAGGAGAAGGACAAGAAACGGAUCCUGGAUACGGUCACGGCUCUGUCGCAGGAGCUCAACAGACUGGCCCAGAGCCUGAGGACUUAAAAUUGAGGAAAUCAUAUCGUUUAUAUUAUGUGCUUUACUGGAAAUAUGUGUUUAGUUCCAUUAAUGCAAAAGACUGUUGACCACUUGUAGUCAUUUUUAUUAACAGUGUUUUAGUCCUCAGUCCUUCAUUAGGUGAUAUUCACACAGACAAACAGUACCAGAACAAUAAAUGUAAAUUCAAACACGACCCAGUGGGAAGAACACAAAUCAGAGGGCACCAGCAGCACCUUGAAUCCUUAAUGUUAGGUUUACAAAUCAUCAGAAGAUACAACUGUUCGUACUGGCUGACAAACAAUGUCACAGCUGAUACUGAGAAGUUCUUAUUUAUAUGUUGCCUCAUUAAUAAAGUGAGUACAUGCUGUACAGUGAAAUGUACCAGAAGGGCUUGAAAUGGUGUCUGCUACACCUGUAACAUCAGUUGUUUUUACAGCUCAGUUUUAGUGUUUGUAUGGUUUAUAGUUUGAUUCCAGCUCAAUGUACAUCUUUAAUGUUAUUUUAUUAACCUUUAUUUAUCCAGGGAAUGUUUUAUUAUUUCAGGAGAGCCCCGUUUACACACACAGCUGGAGUACAAUCCCAGUCUGAUCAGUGUGCAGUUGAGGGUUGCUCAAGGGCACAACAGUGGUAGUAAUGCAUAGAUCUGUUUUACCAGGAAUUAAACCGAUCACCACUCCCCUGUCCUCCUGGUGUGUGUAUGUGUGGGGGAAAAUGUAAGUCUGUUGCAGCAAAAGCAUCUUCCAAAAGAAAGUAAAUGUAAAGUAUUGUGACUAUUUGACCUCAGUCUGAUCUGAUUGAACAUUGUUCUAAUGUGAGUUUGUACUUGAAUGCCUGAUUUUAAAAGAAUAAAAGUAACAACGUCCAGGUCUCUCUAAGCCUCA